UGGACCCAGCUGUGUGUCCAUGAAGAGUGAUCGGUCUAUGGGUGAACGUAUUUACUUUAAAGACGGAGCCCCCUCAUCUGAUGCAAGGAUCAAACAUUGGAAACCUGGACCCAGCUGUGUGUCUAAGAGUGACUCCUCUAUGGAUUCACCCAUUGAGUUGAAAGAUGGACACCACUCUGAUCCAAAGAUCCAACAUGAAGAAACUGGACCUGGACCCAGCUGUGUUUCCAUGAAGAGUGACUGGUCUAUGGACAAACCUAUUGAGUUUACAGAUGGAAUGCACUCUGAUAGGUCAAGGAUCCAACAUGAGCAAACUGGACCUGGACCCAGCUGUGUGUCCAUGAAGAGUGACCGGUCUAUGGGUGAACGUAUUUACUUUAAAGACGGAGCCCCCUCAGCUGAUGAAAGAGUUCCUCAGCAGAGCUUGAAGGUCCCCAGUGGUCAGUCGGCCCAGCAGCAUCAAUCUGACCUGGACUCCAUAUUCAUGCUGCUCCAGGAAAACAUUGUUGGAUUUGUGGAGGACGAGCUGAAGAAGAUCCAGAGAGUCCUGAGUUCAGAUUACCCAGAAAGCUUAGAGAGUCAGAGGGAGGAUGAGGAGGUGUUGGACAGUGAGGAUGAAGAGCAGAGGAGGAGCAGCAGAGAGGCAUUUCUGAACAUCACCCUGCACUUCCUGAGGAGCAUGAAGCAGGAGGAGCUGGCUGAGCGUCUGCAGAGCAGAUCCAGUGCUGGAGUGUGUCAGCGUAAACUUAAAUCCACCCUGAAGGAGAGGUUCCAGUGUGUGUUUGAGGGCAUCGCUAAAGCAGGAAACCCAACGCUUCUGAACCAGAUCUACACAGAGCUCUACAUCACAGAGGGGGGGUCUGCAGUGGUCAAUGCUGAACAUGAGGUCAGACAGAUUGAAACAGCAUCCAGGAAACCAGACAGACCAGAAACAACCAUCAGACAAGAAGACCUCUUUAAAGCCUCACCUGGAAGAGAUGCACCAAUCAGAGCAGUGCUGACAAAGGGAGUGGCUGGCAUUGGGAAAACAGUCUUAACACAGAAGUUCACUCUGGACUGGGCUGAAGGCAAAGCCAACCAGGACAUCCAGUUCAUAUUUCCAUUCACCUUCAGAGAGCUGAAUGUGGUGAGAGAGAACAAGUACAGCUUGGUGGAACUUGUUCAUCACUUCUUCCCUGAAACCAGAGACGCAGGAAUCUGCAGGUUUGAUCAGUUCCCGGUCGUGUUCAUCUUUGACGGUCUGGAUGAGUGUCGACUUCCUCUGGACUUCCUCAACACUGAGAUCCUGACUGAUGUCACAGAGUCCACCUCAGUGGAUGUGCUGCUGACAAACCUCAUCAGGGGGAAGCUGCUUCCCUCUGCUCGCCUCUGGAUAACCACACGACCUGCAGCAGCCAAUCAGAUCCCUCCUGAGUGUGUGGACAUGGUGACAGAGGUCCGAGGGUUCACUGACCCACAGAAGGAGGAGUACUUCAGGAAGAGAUUCAGAGAUCAGGAGCAGGCCGGCACCAUCAUCUCCCACAUCAAGACCUCACGAAGCCUCCACAUCAUGUGCCACAUCCCAGUCUUCUGCUGGAUCUCUGCUUCAGUUCUGGAGGAGGUGUUGAAAACCAGAGAGGGGGGAGAGCUGCCCAAGACCCUGACUGAGAUGUACAUCCACUUCCUGGUGGUUCAGUCCAAAGUGAAGAACAUCAAGUAUGAUGGAGGAGCAGAGACAGAUCCACACUGGAGUCCAGAGAGCAGGAUGAUGAUGGAGUCUCUGGGAAAACUGGCCUUUGAGCAGCUGCUGAAAGGCAACCUGAUCUUCUAUGAGUCCGACCUGACAGAGUGUGGCAUCGAUAUCAGAGCAGCCUCAGUGUACUCAGGAGUGUUCACACAGGUCUUUAGAGAGGAGAGAGGACUGUACCAGAAGGACAAGGUGUUCUGCUUCGUCCAUCUGAGCGUUCAGGAGUUUCUGGCUGCUCUUCAUGUCCAUCUGACCUUCAUCACCUCUGGAGUCAACCUGCUGUCAGAAGAACCAACAACCUCCUGGCUGCCUAUAGUCUUCAGAGACAAACCUAAACUAACACAUCUGUACCAGAGUGCUGUGGACCAGGCCUUACAGAGUCCAAACGGACACCUGGACUUGUUCCUCCGCUUCCUCCUGGGUCUUUCUCUGGAGACCAAUCAAACUGUGUUACAAGGCCUGCUGAAAAAAACACGAAAAAGCUUGGAUACCAACCAGAAAACGGUCCAGUACAUCAAGAAUAAGAUCGAAGAGACGCCCUCUGCAGAGAGAAGCAUCAACCUGUUCCACUGUCUGAAUGAACUGAAUGAUCGUUCUCUAGUGGAGGAGAUCCAACAGUACCUGAGUUCAGGAAGUCUCUCUAAAGUUAAACUGUCUCCUGCUCAGUGGUCAGCUCUGGUCUUCUUCUUACUGUCAUCAGAAGAAGAUCUGGAUGUGUUUGACCUCAAGAAAUACUGUGCUUCAGAGGAGGCUCUUCUGAGGCUGCUGCCAGUGGUCAAAGCCUCCAGGAAAGCUCUGCUGAGUGGCUGUAACCUGUCAGAGAGAAGCUGUGCAGCUCUGUCCUCAGUCCUCAGCUCCCAGUCCUCUAGUCUGAGAGAUCUGGACCUGAGUAACAACGACCUGCAGGAUUCAGGAGUGAAGCUGCUGUCUGCUGGACUGGAGAGUCCAAAAUGUAACCUGGAAACCCUCAGUCUGUCAGGCUGUCUGGUCUCAGAGGAAGGCUGUGUUUCUCUGGCUUCAGCUCUGAGCUCCAACCCCUCCCAUCUGAGAGAGCUGGACCUGAGCUACAAUCAUCCAGGAGACUCAGGAGAGAAGCUGCUGUCUGCUGGACUGGACGAUCCACUCUGGAGACUGGACACUCUCAGGCUGGACCAUGGUGGAGAGCAGAGGUUAAAACCAGGUUUAAAGAAGUAUUCCUGUGGACUCACCCUGGACUCAAACACAGUGAGCAGAAAACUCAAACUGUCUGACAACAACAGGACGGUGACGCGUGUGGAGGAGGAGCCAUAUCCUGAUCAUCCAGAGAGGUUUGACUCCUACUGGCCUCAGCUGAUGUGCAGAGAAGCUCUGACUGGUCUCUGUUACUGGGAGGUCGAGUGGAGAGGAAGGGUUCAUAUAUCAGUGACUUACAGAGGAAUCAGCAGGAGAGGAGAAAGAGAGGACUGUGUGUAUGGAUAUAAUGAUCAGUCCUGGAGUCUCGACUGCUCUGAUCGUUACUCUGUCAGGCACAAUGACAGAGAAACACACAUCUCCUCCUCCUCGUCCCGCUCCUCCCUCUCCUCCUCCUCUGGUAGAGUAGCAGUGUAUCUGGAUCAUCCUGCUGGCUCUCUCUCCUUCUACAGAGUCUCCUCUGACAGACUGAUUCACCUCCACACCUUCAGAACCACAUUCACUGAACCUCUCUAUGCUGGGUUUGGGUUUGGGGUUGGGUUUAACUUCUAUGGUUCCUCAGUGUCUCUGUGUUCUCUGUAAGAAAAAACUUCCUGUCCUGUGGUGUAAAUGUUGCUGGUGGACGAGGCUUCACUAUGGUUAACAUUUGGCUCACUGAUUGUGUCUUUACAGACAGAAAUAUAUAUAUACUUUCUUCUUCCUGAAAUUGGUGCAAUGAUCUCCUCAGGGCUGAACUUGCUGUGUAGAAACGGUAUUGACUUUGUCACCUAGAGUGAGUGAAGUUUGGAUUAAUGACGUUUAUGUCGAGCAGCAUGUGGAUGCUAGAGUUUUUAAAAAGCUGUCAUGUCGGAUUGCUUCAGCGAUCAUUCAAUUGUUUAUUGCGUAUGGAAAAUCAAAUGAAUUAAACUGCCUCCAAAACUAGUCAAAAUCAGACAAUAUAAAAAAUUGAAUGUUGAUUUAUUUAUUAAUGAUGUUGUUGCCCUUAAUUGGGACAGAUUUCAACGAAUACCUUUUGUACAAGAUGCUUGGGAUUUUCUGCAUAAAGAGCUCACUGACGUCAUGAACAAACAUGCACCUGUGAGAACGGUUAAGGUCAAAGGUCAACAUCUCCCUUGGAUCAAUUCUGAACUCAUCAGUCUCUUUAGGGAAA